CAUGCUUGCGGUCUCUAUUGUAAAUUGCAUAAAUGUCCACGUCCAAAGUCCAUGCAUGCUAGUCAUGGAGAAGGACGACGCGGGUGGUGCGUCAUCUUUGGCUUCUGCAUUGUUCACGCUGUCCUCGGCUGCAGCACCACCGCAUUCUUCUUCUUCUGCGACACCGUCCUGGUUGCAACUCCUUUGUGGAGGAAGGACGAUGAAGGCAAGACCAUUUGCAAUGUAUGCGGCCUCUACUAUAAGCUUCAUGGCUCUGCUUGUCCCAUUAGUAUGAAAUCUGAUAUUAUUCGGAAGCGCUCUCGACACGACACUCGUGCGCAGCGCUCCUCCCUCAUCGAGCCCCCAAGCACAUCUAACACGCCUGGC